AAUUUCGUACUCAAAGAAUGAUUAGAUGUGGGCAACGACGUAUUGGUUCUAAGACAGCUCAAGCCAUGUGUACAUGGUCACAUUUUUGUUUUCAGCAACAUCUGGCUCAUAAAGCACGUGGAUUUAAAGUAUUUUGCUGUCCUAAAUGUAAAACAGAACUCGAUAGGGAUAUUAAUGAUGCUCGUAAUAUUCUUCUUCACUACCUUACUAAAAAAAAUGA